AACGACUUCCAGCUUCCGAGGACGAGUACAUACUAGAGAAUUACAAAUUCAUUUCCCCACAUAUGAUGAUGAAAUUACUCUGAAAAAACGUUGUAUGUCGUAGUUUUUUUUUAUCCCACGAUCUCUAAGCCGAGAAAUAUCUGACGGUUUUAAAACCAGAUCAAGGUGGACCAUUGUAAUGGAUCCUGAUAUCAUCCACGAUACAUCUGCUCCUGGUGAGGAUGCCAAUGCUGAUGAGCCAGAGGUGGAGUUAAAUAACAUUGCCACACUUGAAAAGACAUCAUAUAGUGGAGAUAUUCUGCAAGAGCUUGAAAAUGCAGGGGAGGUUCUAACUAGAGCUGAACUAGAUUUAGCAUGUUUAUCUGAGAAGUUGCUUAAUUUGAAUAUACUUAUGAUGCACGUGGCAACUAAAGAAAGUGACUUUGAGGCCUUUGUAAUGGACAAAGAGCAUAUUUAUAGUGACUCUGCUGAGAAGGCACUGGAAUUUGAUCUUUUAUCUGGAAUUCUGGAUUCAGAGGUGGAAGAACUAGAUGACUUCAUGUCUACUCUUCAAACUGAUGUUGUCACUUCUCGUGAGGUUAUAUCUUCAUUUGAGCACCUGGGAGAAGUUGUAGAAGAGAAGUUGCAUGAUUCAGAAGAAUCGUUGAAGCAGUCACUGGAGCAGUUAUCAGAAUUAAAGUUGCAAUCUGCAAACUUCCAGAAGAUCUUGUCGACUUUUGAUGCAGAUGAAAAUAGGAAAGAUGAUGGUGUGGAGUUUCAAGAAAAUGAUGAAUUUUCAAACCUCAAUGUAAAGAUAAAAAUGCAAACUGCUGAACAACAGAGGCAUAUUCUUAGGAUGCUUGAGAAAUCUUUGGCAAGAGAACUGGAUUUUGAGAAGAAAGUAACUGAAUCAAGACAAAUUGAAGAAGACUUGAGACUAAGGUUGCAUUCUUCAGAACAAGAAGUUUUCUUCCUUGAAGAAGAAGCUGCUGUCAUUUGCACAAGGUUGUUUGAAGCAGACAAUGCUGCUGGCGUCCUAAUGGGAAUUUCAAAAGAACUAUUGGGUCGACUUCAGAUCCUACAGUUUAAUCUUAAUAGUUCAAAUCAGCGAGAAGGAGAAUUGAGAUCUAAGCUACAAGAUAUCUCUGAACAGUUAAAAGCCAAAGACAGUACUUUGCAGAAGCUUGAGAGUAGUGGUGAAAAGCUUAUCAAUGAUUUGGCAAUUGUAGCUGAGGAUCUGAAAGAGAGAAUUUCUAAAGCAGAAAGCAGGGCGGAGAAUGCCGAAGCUAAAUGUAAACUGCUGGCAGAGACUAAUAUGGAGCUCAAUGAAGAGUCAAAUCUUCUUAAGAGUACCUCUGACAAAGUGGAUUCACUUGAGAGGCAGCUCAGGGAGUCAGAUAUUCAGCUACAACAUGCGGUGGCAUCUGCGGAAGCAAGUCAGGAGAAGCAAAUCAUGUUGUAUUCUACGAUUGAGGAUAUGGAGAAUUUAAUUGAAGGUCUGAAGUCAAAGGUUUCAAAAGCUGAAAGUCGGGCUGAUAGUGCAGAAGAUAAGUGUAUUAUAUUAUCUGAGGCUAAUUCAGACCUCAAUGAGGAACUUGGUUUCCUUAGGGGCAGAAUGGAAUGCUUGGAGGCAUCUUUGCAUCAAGCUGAGGAAACCAAAAAGGAAACUGCAAAAGACAUUCGCAUUCGAACUAAGUUGAUAACAGAUCUGGUCAUGCAACUGACCCUUGAAAGAGAACGCCUUCACAAGCAGAUACAUUCAUUAAGAAAGGAGAAUAAGACCUUGGUAAAGUGCUUACAGAAAACAAACAAGGACCCCUCUGGUACUAGGAGCCAUGACAGUAGAGGAAAUAGCAAAGCAUUAUGGCUUUCCAAGCAUGAUUUUACCUCUGUAAUUUGCAUGGAAGAAAGAAAAGAAGCAACCGAGUUUUCAGCUACCAGUUUUGAGGAGGAAAAAACCCCAGUAAAUGUUUCUGUACGCGAGACUGAAAUGGGGGUUGCUGAUUCUUCAUCAAAGCUCGAGAUUGUGCGGAAUAUAGAUGCAUGGCAGCUGAAUUUUAAGCUUGUUUUUAUUACAGUGCUUAUGUUAUUGGUUUCAGUCGUGGCCUUAUUUUUGUUUCAACAUCCUACCUACGGAUUUUGACUGUAGUGUUGGAUCUCAGCUUCCGACCAUAGGAGUUUUUGUUUACCACUUAUAUAGAACUGUGAAUGGGACGAUACUGUCUUGACUUUCAUGUUGAUUAGUGAAAAUCUUAGAGUUUCUUCCCCCGUGUUUUCCUCUCUUUUGGUUGAGUUGUUGGACCUUACAAAAG